GACCGUGAUACAGGUAGAUAUAACCAAGAAACUCUCUGUCGCACGGCAUUCCAGUAGAUCACCUGCUAGCGGUGUUCUUGUGAGUGACUACAAGUAGAUCAGGUGGCUGGCCAGGCUGAUCCACGCGGCGGAUCCAGGAAAAAACGGCACAGUCCCCGGCCCCGUCAUGAGCUCAGGCGCCGAAAAGCAGGAGUUGUUGAAUGCACCAGAUGAGGAGGACGAUGAUUUGUCGGACAACGGCGGCAUUGCCAGCCGACCCCUGAACGUGAAAAGCCUCAACCCUCAAGACGAAGACCAGACAGAUACAGGAGACGGGCUUGACGACAUACAAAUUGUGGAUAGUGACGAAGCCGUCAGUGCUACAGGUGGCAAGCGUAAGCGAUUUCGAGUGAAGUCCGCGAGGAGACAGUCGAACGCUAACCUGAGACGCAUCCGAGUUCGGCGGGUAUGUUGCGUACUUUUGGUCAUUGCUGCAUGCAUUGUUGGUGCUAUUGCUUACGCGGUCCACGGUCGGCAAGCUUCGGGUAAAGCAUCCCCGAAUCUAAACGGCGCAGUCCUGAAAUCACCGGCUGACACAGCAUCUUACAAAGUGUUCAAAUUGGAAAAUGGCAUCAAAGUGUUGCUUAUCUCGGACAAUGCCACGCUCAAUCUACCAAUGGCCGUGUCAGUGAAUGUCAAUGCUGGCUUGUUCAAUGAACCCGCAGAGUACCCAGGAUUGGCUCAUUUCCUUGAGCACAUGCUGUUUUUUGGCGGCACUGUGAAAUACCCAGAAGAGGAUGGCUUCAAUAAAUACGUCACACUGAACGGAGGCGCUGCUAAUGCACACACCAGCACUGUUUUUACCAAUUACUUCUUUCACAUCAAUCAGAAUUCUGGUGCAAAGGCAUUGGACAUGCUUGCACAGUUCUUCAUCUCGCCAACACUAAGCCAAGAUCUAGUGGCACGUGAGGUGAAGGCAGUGGACUCGGAAUUCCGCAACUACCAAUCUGAUGAUGACCGUCGCCAAAUUCGUCUCCUCAGUCUUAUGUCGGACCCGCAGUCACCGCUGUCUCGCACAUUCCCUGGUUCUGCCCAGACACUCAACAAGCCGGAUAUUCUGACGGCGUUGCGCAAGUUCUUCAAGGAGCAGUACACGUCGGAUAGACUCUCCGUUGCAGUCUGGAGCACUGACAAACUGGAGAACUUGGAACAGCUUGUCAGGCAGUCAUUCUCGGCCAUACCGAAAACAACAUCUCCCGAGUUCAUACCCAUCAGGCCGUGUACAACGGGAUACGGUGGCCAAAUCGGCCGCUAUACCAGACGCCAUGGAAACAACACACUGACUAUGCACUUUCAGGUGGACUCGAGCAAGGAUUUGGAAAGGCGUCGAUCAAUACUCUUGAUCGCUGUCUUACUGAGGAGUGAAGCAAGCGGGUCUGUACUGUCACGACUUCGCGAAUUAGGCUGGGCCACGUCACUAGGUGUUGGCGACGAGUCCGUGAUUGGCUGUUCAGUGAUGUCUGUAGUUAUCUACAUGACUUUGCAGGGGAAAACCCACUAUAACGAAAUGAUUGGCAUGGUGUUCGAUUACAUACACCUCAUUGAGACAUCUGGUGUGAGCCAAGAGACUUGGAGAAAUCUGAAAUCCCUGGAGGAAAUCAAUUUCAGAUUUAGCCGCCCGUUCCCUGACGCGGCAUCUGCAAUUCCCCUCCUGGCACAGCGAUUGAGUAGGAUUGAAACGCCAGCAGAUUUGCUGUCUCCGCCAUCUCGUGACAUCUGGGAUCCGGCGACAACGUUGAGUGUUGUGAAACGGCUGACACCAGACAACAUUGUGGUGAUCAUUGGCUCAUCAGAAGUAGAGCCUCUUACAGAACACGAUUCUCUUUUUGGUCUCAGCUACUCGAUUAGUGCACUGCCCAAGAGUCAGAUGUUAAAAUGGCAGCAUUGGAAACGAGAUCCGCAUUUCUCAAUUCCUGGACUUAAUCCGUACGUCCCGGAUAUCAAGAUGCUGACGGCGCUGCAGGAUCAACCAUCUAUUCCCGCUCCAGAGCUAUUGGUUAAUGUUGCUGGCAAGAAGCUGUGGUGGUAUCCUAACCCUGAGUUUCCACAUGUUCCUUAAGUCUCCAUCGACAUUGCCCUAUACCCGGACAUUCACAGCUUCCAACAGGAUGGUGUCGCGUUUCACGCUCAUAUGACCAUGUGGUUGGCCAUGGUAAACAAGGACAAUGAGACGUUCAAUGCCCAACUUGCUGGUUUCUCCUAUCAACUAAGCCACGAUGUGUCAUCUCUACACCUGACACUCACUGGGUAUGCUGAUGUGAAGCCACUUCGUCUCUACCUCACCACCCUUCUGCAGAGCAUCUUCAAGACAUAUAAUGUACAUCAUUUCCGCAGUGUUAAGCAUGAACAAAUCCAGUUGCUAUCCAAGGGUCGCGCAGUUACCAAAGAAAAGGACCUUAUAAUGCUCCGAUACAACACCCGAUACAUCAGUCGUUCGGAUCGGGGAGUGUUCCUACCACUACUAUCAAUGAGACACCAUGACUUGUUGAAUUUUGUUUCAGCCUUUACCGGUGCGAUGACGACUGUUGGCUUCAUUCAUGGCAGCCUGAGUAGGGCCAAAGCAAAAGCUCUCUUCGGCGAGGUGUCGCACUUCCACCCAGACAGCACUCCUGUUGACCUGGACAAAGUCAGAUAUCAGCAGCUUCUAUCAUUGCAACCAUCAUCUCAGCCAGUGUAUCAUGCACAAGCACUAGAGCCUAAUACCGCUGUCGUCUAUGACAUCAUCCCCAUGUGCGGGUCAUGUGAUAUUGGUGCUGGCAUCAAUAUCUCCACGUACGCAGGUGCAGGCUGCAGCCGAGAGUCCUUGCGUUGCAGUGUUCUUGCCUUGUUUCUCAAUCAGCUGAUUGAUGAUGCCUGCUUGUAUCAGCUCAGGACAACGGAACAACUUGGCUAUACUGUCUUCUGUAGAGUUGCCGAAAGCAUCAACGAAUACCAACUGGCAGCUUAUGUCCAGAGUCCCAGAUACAAAGUGGAAUACAUCGAACGCCGUAUUCAGGCAUUCCUUGCGUCAUUUUCCGUCACUUUAAAGAAACGUUUGAAUGCCCCUUCUUUGUGGGCACGACUACGCUCUUCGGUCCGCACUCUUUUGAGUCGCCAGGAGAAAUCUUUCGAAGCCCUGACACGCCGCCUGAGGUCUGAAAUAUAUCAAGCUCGUUUCCAGUUUGACAUGAAUGCACAACUCUUGUCAGAGCUGGAACAUAUCACCGACCCAAUGUCAGUUGUCAACUUCUACAAUGACAUCUUGCAAAGUAAACGCCAGCUCUCCAUUCAGAUCUACAACAAGGAGGAGACAUCACUGCAUGCUGGUGAUAAUAUUCUUGACGAAUCGUCUCUACCAGCAUGGCGCCGCUCUCACCGGACCUACGUACCUUUAUCACGUGUUAGCUAUGGUAUAUGAGUUACACAACAUGCACUGACACACAUUGUAACUCUAUGUGUGUUGUGGCAGCAAAGUGAUUCCCAGUGCCCCACUGAAACAGGCAGCCAGUCUUUUUCCCACGUUAAAAUAGUACUUGUCUUGUCCAUCAUAUCCGGCGCUCUUCAUUUUUCUGUUCUUAAUUUUCAAUGAAGCAUUCAUGAUAAUUAUUUUUCGAUAAAACCUUUGUGAUACUGGAAACACCCCUUGACAUAGGCUUUGGUCUUUCUCUUUUGUAUAAAUAAAUAUUGAAUUUUAUCAAUUCAGCUGGUCCUGUUGAUUACGGUUCUGAAACUAUUGUCGCCUUGCUGCCUGUUUAAAAAUUCUUCACAUUGCGUUUGUUCUUAUGAAGCCUAGUUUUUAUCUGCACAUUGAUUUUUACAUUCCAAACGAUGGUUUAGAGGGAGCCGGA